AUGGAGAAUUUGGGACGAUUUGAUGUGAUUGUGAUCGGAGCGGGGGUGAUGGGGAGUUCGGCGGCAUAUCAAGCAGCUAAACGUGGUCAAAAAACUCUACUCAUCGAGCAAUUCGACUUCCUACAUUACCGUGGAUCAUCUCACGGCGAAUCUCGAACAAUCCGAGCAACUUACCCUGAAUCUUACUAUUCUCCAAUGGUUGUUGAAUCGGAGAAAUUGUGGAGAGAAGCAGAAUUAGAAAUCGGGUAUAAAGUUUACUUCAAAACACAACAACUGGAUUUAGGUCCGGUGGACAAUAGUUCUCUCCGCGCUCUCAUUGCCAAUUGCAAAAAACACACGCUUAGUCACCAAAUUCUCGAUCGUCAUCGAGUGAAGGAACAUUUCACCCGUAAGAUUGAGUUUCCGGAAGAUUGGAUUGCGGUUGUGACGGAGCUCGGAGGUGUCCUGAAACCUACUAAAGCAGUUGCAAUGUUUCAAACACUCGCAAUCAAACAUGGUGCAGUGCUUAAAGACAAGACGGAGAUUGUCGAUUUGGUGAGUGAUAAGCAUAGCGGUGGCGUUCUGGUGAGUAGCAGAUCGGGAGAACAGUUUUGGGGGAGGAAAUGCGUGGUCACAGCGGGAGCUUGGGUGAGUAAGUUGAUUCAAAAGGUAAGUAAUGGUGGCAUGAUUUUGCCGAUACAGCCAGUGGAAACAACUGUGUUUUACUGGAAGAUCAAAGAGGGUCAUGAACUUGAUUACACCAUAGAAGCAGGAUUUCCAUCAUUUGCAAGCUAUGGCGAGCCAUAUAUCUAUGGAACACCGGCUUUGGAGUUCCCUGAUCUGAUCAAAGUUGCUGUUCAUGGUGGGCGGGAAUGUGAUCCCGAUAAGAGGACAUGGUGGGCUGCUACAGGGUCAGAAGGGGCAACAAUAGUUAUCGGACAUCUUAAAGAAUGGAUCAAAUUAAGGUUUGGUGAUGGAGUUGAUUGGGAAGAUGGGCCAGUGAUUACUCAAUCUUGCUUGUAUUCCAUGACACCAGAUGAGGAUUACAUUAUUGAUUUUUUAGGAGGAGGGUUCAAUGAGGAUGUGGUGGUUGCCGGUGGUUUCUCCGGCCAUGGAUUCAAGAUGGCUCCAUUAGUUGGGAGGAUACUGACGGAUCUGGCCAUCGGCGGGAAGGCGGCAGCAGAACAACUUGACGAAGACAUCAAGCAUUUUAAGCUUGGAAGAUUUGAAGGCAACCCCAGAGGAAAUGUGAAAGAGUUUGAAGACCAGGUUCGCCUUAGGUAG